AUGGAAUUGAUGAUGCUAAAAUAAAACAUGUAAAUCAAGCUUUGAUUCAGUGGUUUGUUUGUUCUGGGAUACCAUUUGUAGCAGCAGAUUCACCAUUUUUUAUUGACUUUACCAAAUCUCUUUGUUAUGACUACAAUCCACCACAUAGAACAACUUUAUCUGAGUCAUUAUUGAAUUCAGAAAUUGCAAGGAUUACAUUAAAAAUAGAUAAUAUUUUAAAAAAUGCUACAAAUCUUACCUUAU